GUUGAGAAUGUAAACAAUCGGUGGUGAACAUGGAUUUUGAGUUUGACGAGUUACUUUCAGAAGAUGAAGAAGAUUAUUUAGAUUUAUUGUUGAGUGGGGAACUUGUUGAAGAAAGAGACGAAAACGAUGAACAAUUUGAUCCAUCAAACCCCCCUCAAUUCGGUCAAUCCCAGUCUCCGAGCAGUUCCCAGACUCUGUCCCAGAGUACGGAUAGCUCUGCUAGUCAGGAUCCAGUGGCAGGAUGUAUAAAAUGGAGAGACCAGAAUGACAGUGAUGAUGAAGUUAGGGACCCCAGAUUGUCUAUGUUCAAACCGCGUCUUCCUUCUGGCAUUCAGCAUGGCCUCUUGACCAGACAGGCAGUUCAGGCCUUUCAAAAGCCAAUUGACUUUUUCCUACUGUUCCUGACCCAGGAGAUAGUGCUACAGAUUUGUAUUGCCACCAAUCACCAUGCAGAGGACCUGCUAUCUAAGGGUCAAAAGCUGUCAUAUGCAAACAGCAUGGGUACCUGGACAAGGGUCACUGUUGAAGAGAUGUACAGGUUUGUGGGCAUUCUAAUCUACAUGUCUGUAGUGGAUCUCCAAACUUUAGAGAGAUAUUGGUCAACCUCUCCCCUGUACAAAAACAAUGUUUUUUCAUCUGUCAUGAGCAUCACAAGAUUUAAAGCCAUUUUGUCUUUUCUGCAAAUCAAUGCUGAUUCUGAUAAAGAUGAUAAGCUAACAAGAAUACGCCAUCUUUUGGAACACGUGGAAUCCAUAUCGCAGUCCUUGUUUCAGCCAUACAAGUCUGUAUCUGUGGAUGAACGGAUGGUAGCAUCCAAGCAUCACUACUCAGGAAUCAGGCAGUUCAUCCGUGACAAACCUAUUCGUUUUGGUCUAAAGUUGUGGGUGCUCGCCGAUUCUAUCACUGGCUAUACCUAUGCAUUUUUUGUUUACCUUGGCAAGAAGAGGACAGAACUCAAAAACAAAACAAAGGGACUUGCAUACAAUGUGGUGAUGGAAUUAAGCAGGACACUUUUCAAUCAAGGAUAUAGAAUUUAUACUGAUUCUUUUUAUACCACUCAACAUUUAGCUACAGAUCUAUUACAGAAAAAGACAUAUCUGGUAGGUGCCGUGAAAAGAUCCAGUAGUGCCAUGCCCAGUUGCCUGAAAGAUAUUGAAUCGUUUGAAAAGGUGUCCACACGAGGAGAUUUUCGAUGGCAUAGGGACGGUGAUUUUGUGUAUGUGCAGUGGAGAGACUGCAAAACUGUGACCAUUAUUUCUCCUAUUCAUAAAGGCUCUGCAACUGGAAACUGUCAGAGAACUGUAAACGAGCGGUCGGGCUAUAAGAGGAAGCAGCUGAUGCAACCAGUUGUUAUUAAGGACUACAACACCAAUAUGGGAGGUGUGGACAAGUCAAAUCAGAUGUUAAACAAGUAUCCAUGCUAUAUUAAGUCAAUCUUCCAUUGGUGGAAAGUUUUGUUUCUUCAUAGUAUAGACAUAAUGAUUGUGAAUUCCUACAUAAUUAUGAAGGAAUUCAUGAAGUGUAAGACGGAAAGUUCACUUCAUGUGGUUUCAGGUACCUUUGGCCACCUCGAGUACCGUGAGAGUCUUGCAGCUUCUUUGAUGAACUUGGAUGGAGAUCAACUUCGUCUUCCUGCUAAUGUUUGUAAAGUUCAGUGCUUACCGAUGAUAUCAGAAAAUCGGAAAGACUGUGUAUACUGCAAUGGAGAGGCAUCUAUAAAAGAACAGAAACUGCCAAGUACCAAGACAAAGUAUUUUUGCGCUAAAUGUGAGGUGCCUCUUUGUUUGCAGAAAGAGAGAAACUGUUUUCUAAAGUGGCAUUCUCCGGAAAAAAGAACAGUUCAGGAUUGGGCUAAAGCUAAGGGAAGAAAAAGGAAACUUUGA